AUGGCGGCUCCCAUGGAGCUGAGCUGCUGGGGAGGCGAUUGGGGGCUCCCGUCCCUGCACCCGGAGUCUCUAACCGUCAUGGCUUAUGCCAAAUUUUCUGGGGCUCCCCUGACAGUGAAUACUAUAGAGAACUCUUGGAGAGCUCCGAAAGGAGAUGUACCAGUCCUGAUAUCAGAAGACGUUGUUAUUUCUCAGCCAGCAAAAAUACUAAACUUCUUAAGAAAGCAGAAAUAUAAUGCUGAUUAUGAAUUGUCUGCAAAAGAAGGAGCUGAUACACUGGCAUAUAUUGCACUACUUGAAGAGAAACUGCUUCCUGCUUUGCUGCACACUUUCUGGGUUGAGGCUGAAAAUUACUGCAGUGUGACAAAGCCAUGGUUUGCCUCAAGGAUUGCCUUCCCACUGAGUUUGUAUCUGCCUGGAAAGAUGUCCAGGGAAGCGCUGAACAGGAUCUUGCUGACCAGGGGAGGGCCUCCGCUCUACAAUCUCACUGAAGUGGAAGCACAGAUAUACAGGGAUGCCAAGGAGUGCCUAAAUCUCCUGUCGAAGAGAUUGGGAACAUCUCAGUUUUUCUUUGGAGAUACGCCUACCACCUUGGAUGCCUUUGUGUUUGGUUUCCUUGCACCAGUUUAUAAAGUGUGCUUCCCCAGAGUACAAUUACAAGAGCAUUUGAAACAGCUUCCCAAUCUGUGUCGAUUCUGUGAUGAUAUUUUAACUUGCUACUUCAGGUUAACUGUCUCAGGCCAUUCUCCGGCUGGACAGGAUACAGCAGAUGCUAAUCUGCAGAAACUCACACAGCUUGUAAAUAAGGAAUCCAACUUGAUUGAAAAGAUGGACGACAACCUUCGUAAGAGUCCUCAGCAUCCCCCUCGAAAGCUAACAACGCUCAAGCUUGCUGCAGGUGGAGAAGCAAGCAGUCCAUUGAAUCGUUUGUCACCUUGACAGCUUUUGUUGCCCAUACACAUGCGUUUGCCUUCAACUCUUCUGAGCGCCACAGUAAAUUUUUUCACAUGAAUGUUGUUUUGCAAGGGAAGAAUCUGCUAAUGGGUACAAGUAGGGAAGAAACAGAGCUUAACGUGUCUCUUAUCUACCUGUUCUUUUAAGAAAUUGCAUAGUUCAGGCUGACCACACACUAAGCUGAGGCUAAAGUAACGAAGAGGCUUAUUCCUGCAGAUGUUAAAGUGAUUUUGUACAGCAUAUUUUUGCCUUUAGCCUAGCAGAAAUGUUGACCAAAGUUGAAAUUCCACUUAUGGAAUGUUCACCGAUAUUUUAUUUUGUGGCUUUUGAUUUUACUGUAAUCAUGUUACUAUAUGUGAGUGGGUAUACUCUUGUAUCUGUCUGAAAACUACAAAGUCCAGUUGCAAAAUUCGUGAAAAGACUGGGAACAAAAAUGAAAUGUUGCCCUUCAUGGCAGCCGAGAAAUGAAAAGCAAUGAGAGGAAGUUAAAUAUUUUUUAUUGCACUUUCAUGAACGCACUUGGGUCUUGCGUUUUAAGGCUGUUGGUAUUUUUGAAAACUUGCCAUGUUGUACUUAAAGGGGGUUGUUGAAAAGUGUGUGCGCUGUGGGGAGUACAAUGAUGUACAAUACUAACAUUUCACAGGUACCUGGUAUUAGUCCUGUGUGAAACAGGCUUAACCUGUGCACAGUGUAAUACCACAUGCUGCAAAACUGUUAAGUCAAAAUCACAGAGGACUGGUAGUGAGAUGGAGAGGUUUGAUUAGCUCCUGUAGGACAAGAGACUUGAAUAGCAAACAUACUGCGGCUCUGAAUUGAAAGGAACUGGUUAGGGCUUUAUAAGAAAGCUGAUGUAGGCUUUUAAAUUUGUCACAGAUGCCUUUGAAUUAGUUUUGUCUUAUUUUUUUUAUAAGCACUACAGUUCAGUCAAAAACUAAACUAAAAUACAUCCAAAUUUUUAUUGUUUGACAGUCUAGUUCGGAGUUCUCUGCAAACUGUAAUACAUUGCAGCGCAUAUUUCUUCUAUUUAAUUAAGGGACUUAUGUCUCAUUACGUUUUCUCUUGGCAGCAGCCUUGCCAGUUCUAGAGACCCAAGCAAUUCUGUUGUGAGAGAGAUGCUGUAAUUCUCUGCUGGCAAUGUACCAGCAAAUGCUUCAUGAGCGGGUGUAAAGAGAAUUAGUCAAGGAGAUUGACCAAAAUGGCAGUGCUUGGGAUACAGAAUUCUGAUGGCUGUAUGUAUGGGAUGACUCUUCUGUUUUUUUCCUUUUUCUGGCCAAAUCAAAAUAGUCUUUAGUCUUUCAGCUUCCCUUCAGCUACUAGUCGUGUUUGAGAUAUAGAGAUAAAUUAUUUCCUAUUUAUAAAGACAAGAGUGUAGAUUGUGUACAUACUGUACUUUCAGACUCAAUAUGUAAGGAAUGUAAUAUCUUUAACAUUUCUUAAUUAUAAUUGAAAUGUUGGGUUUCUAAUGAGCACUUUAAAAUAAUGUUUAAGCUUCAUGCUCUUGCUAGAGUAUUUGUUUCAGUGAUUUGAAAUUAAUCUAGCUCAUACUCAUGAUAAUUGUAUAAACUGACAGUCCACCACAUGUAAAAGUAAGCCAAACAUUUAGAAUUUUUACUGCCUGUGUCUUGACAAGGUUUAAAUGAGAUCAAGUCACAUGGCUUUUCAAAGUCUUUUAAUUUAUAAACAUGGCUAUGAAGAAUAUGCCUUAGUUUGUUGCUUUUGUGAAUAUGUACACUCAGUCUUUAAAAGCUCUUUGUAAAAAGGUCAUUGUUCCAAGAUUAAAAUUUUGGAUUUUUAGUGGAGUUUUGGUAGUGUUUUUUAUGAAAAUUGUAUCAGGUUUUUGAACAUUUUCCUUUUUCCUUGUGAAAAGGUUUAUCUUGUCUGUAAAAAAAAGAAAUAAAACCUGUUGAC